AUGUCUCCCCAAGCAGCCUACACGCCCGAGCAAACGCCGACGGUCAUCCGCGCCCGCAAACAUCUCUCGGGAACGCGCGCCAAGCAGCUCCUCCGCGCGGCGGAGCGCGACUACAACGAUCCGCCGCCGCCGCCGGGGCUGGGCGAGUGCUGUGGCAGCUCGUGUGACCCCUGCGUACGGGAUCUCUGGCGGGAGGAGCUGGCCGUUUGGCGCGAGAGGUGGGGGGAGGCUGCCGAGGAGGAGUCUUCGGAGAGGAAAGCCCAGGAGGGGGAGGAGGGGAAGAGGAAGAUGCCGGGGAGUUGGGAGUGGUGA